ACAACUGAUUUAUUCUCUUUUCGUGGAACGUUCAUACCUUUCCGAUGACAAGCAAGAACUGAACAGACGACACUCUGCAUCAUACUAAUUUCCUACUGUCUCUAACAGUAAAAACCUGACUCUCUUAAGUUACCAAGAGAUGGCCCUAUCGCAUACAUCAUUCUUGGCUGUGUCCUUACUGUUGGUGGUCUCCAUACAGCAAACAUUACAGACGGGCACUGACGAUGCAAAAGCUCAGGCGGCGACAAAAAGCAGCAGCGGCGACAGCAGCAAAGCCGACAGCGACGCCAACGACUUAAGCGCCAGCAGUGACGUUAUACGGCUAGUACGGAGAUAUGUGCCCAGAUUUGUUGGCAAAAGAGAACAAGAACCACUUGAGAUACUAAACGAAACACCUGACUCUAAAAUAAAUUUUGACGAUGACGACGGAGAACUUGACAUGAGCGUUACGGAAUAUUUUAAUCGUUUAGACGAUUCCGAAAAGGGGGAAUUCCUUAAAGAUGUACGCGAUGCGUUUGAUAAUGCUUUCAUUGAUGAUUUGUAUGACGCUGAAGGUGUGAGUGACAAUGUAGAUUCCGAGGAAGGUGAUACUAAUUCUGUUGAAACUCAGGAAGACGCCGAAGGUUUGCCAAAUUCUAUUGACAAACGAUUUAGAACUUAUUACGGUGGCCGGCAGUAUAAUCCUAUGUUUGUAGGGAAAAGAUAUCGUCCAAUGUUUGUUGGGAAAAGAUACAGACCAAUGUUUGUUGGGAAGCGAUACCGACCUAUGUUUGUUGGAAAACGGUACCGACCUAUGUUUGUUGGCAAGCGAUAUCGCCCGAUGUUUGUUGGUAAGAGGUAUCAACCUAUGUUCGUUGGAAAGCGAUACACUCCACAAUUCGUCGGGAAACGAUACACGCCAAGAUUUGUUGGUAAACGCGAUACAUCAGAGGCUGCCGAGAAAUCAGCGAUGGAAAAACGAUCAGUGUUGUUGACCAAUGUUGAUGAAGAGCUUAAAAACGAAGAUGCUUCUUCAAGGAAAAAACGAUCAGUAGAAGACUUAGAUGAAGAAAUGCAGAGACGUGCUUGGGGUCGGUACGUUCCUUGGAAGACUGCACCGCUUGCCUCCGCUCCUGUAACAAAGCGGUUUGUUGCUCCUGAAUUUAUUGGCAGACGCGAUUCCCUCUCUUCUAUUCUCUCAGCACUGGAUGCAUUGGACCUUGCACGAAAUCCUUUAAGAUCUACAUCAAAGAGAUUUGAAGCCCCUAUGUUUAUCGGAAAGCGUGUACCUAGACCGAUGUUUGUAGGAAAAAGAAACCAGUAUACUUCGGAAAUGAGUGUAGACAGCAGAUUUCCUUUAGAGUAUUCAGGACUUGACUCAAUUGGCAGUGCGUCUGACGGAUAUGCAUACCAGCCCCAGGUCUUGGACGAUUAUAACAGUCCUCAGUACACAAUAUCACAUUACUAG